AACAACACUACAUGUCUUCCUUAGGGUUGGGUCCCCAGCAGGAUUUAUUUCUGCGUCAAGGAAGAUUACAGUUAAUAGGAUUUGCUUCUUGGAGGCUGUUGGCGUGUUUGGUGCAAACCCCUGCACAGUGCUUUCUUAAAGGAGAAUAUGGACCCUGUCUGUCAUAUUUUUCUUCUUCUUCUGGCCUUCCACAAGAUAAACCCAUCUGUUUCAUCUUGCAUCACAGGAUGCUCUUGUUCUCAGGACGGCUUUGGAAGGAGUUUGCUCUGCAUGUCUGCACUGCUGAGGCAGAUCCCUUCAAACAUCCCUCAGGACAUCCGGAAAAUUAGAAUAGAAAAUUCUCACCUAACCGAACUGCCUCGUGGGUCUUUUGAGAACGUUAGUGCCUUGGAGUAUCUGUGGCUCAAUUUUAACAACAUCACAGUGAUGCACAUCAAGAGCCUGGAAUAUCUGCCAGCUCUGAAGGAGCUGCGCUUGCAAGGGAACAAAUUAAGUUCGGUGCCAUGGACAGCAUUUCAAGACACCCCAACUCUGAAAAUCCUGGAUCUGAAGCACAACCGGCUGGAUGUCCUUCCAGAACACGCACUCCGCUAUCUGCCCAACCUGACCUACUUAGAUCUAUCCUCAAAUCAGCUUACCAUCAUAUCCAGGGAUGUCUUCUACAACUGGCCUGUGUACCAGAGAAGCCAGCAGACGGAGGGGCCGCUAGAAGCUAUUUCCAAUGCCGUGCUGGCCCUCCAUGACAACCCCUGGAUUUGCGACUGUCGCCUGCGGGGAUUUGUCCAGUUUAUCAAGUCUGUGGGCCCACCCAUUAUCCUGAUGAAUUCCUAUUUAACUUGCUCAGGCCCAAAAUUCAGGACAGGGAAGUUUUUUCACGAAGUGGAGCUCAACAGCUGCACAAAGCCCCUGACCUCAGCCCUCGACACCAACCUGACAGUCCCAGCAGGGUUAAACGUCACCCUGACCUGCUUUGUGCAAGCCAGCCCUUCCCCAGCUGUCUGGUGGACCUAUGCACUCAAACUUUUAAGGGCAUUUAAUGUGUCCACGGAGCCCGUCAGCGAGGACACCGUCCGCUCGGAGCUGCUGAUCCCGGCGGCACGGCCAGCAGACGCCGGCAACUACACCUGCACAGCCGCAAACUUCUUGGGCAACACCUCGGUGGCCAUCAACCUCCGCGUGGUGGCCCCGUGGGCGUCCACCACGCCCCGCGGCUGGGCGCCCGUGGGCCCCGCGGAGCCGGGCGCUCACGUGGAGGUGCGCAUCGCCAAGCAGACGGUCUACGGCAUCACCCUGGAGUGGUUCGCGGCGGCGGCGGCGGCGGCGGAGCCGGGGGAGACCUGGUACACCCUCCUCGUGGGCCGCUACGACGCCGCCCAGAAGGACACCAUCUACAUCGGGCCCGGGGUCAACACGUACUCGGUGACCGACCUGCUGCCCGCCACCAAGUACGAGGUGUGCGUGGCCGUGCGCAACCAGGCUCCCCGCAAGGGCCAGUGCGUCGUCUUCGUCACGGGCAGCGACGUCAGCCAGAUGGAGCAGCGCGAGAAGCUCAUCCACAUCGUGGUCAUCGUGUGCGCCAUGGUGCUGGCCGUGCCGGCCGGCAUGUACGCCUGCACGGCCGAGGCGCUGCCCGGCUGCCUGGCCCGCUGCCCCAGCGCCUGCCCGCGCCGCCGCCGCGGGGGCCCGGCGCAGGCCGCGGGCAGCAAGGAGAGCACGCUGGACAGCCUGCCCGCCGGCAGCGAGGACGGGCUCUGCCGCACCGACGGCGGCGCACGGCGGCCUGCGGACCGCCCGGAGCCCGGCAAGGCCCGGCCGCCCCACAGGAACAGCGCCGACCUCUACUAGCCCGGCCCUGCCGCGCCGCGGCCCCCGCCGCACGCCGCCUCGGAGCCACGGGAAUGGAGGCGCCCGGGCUGCCCGGCCACAGGUGUGGGGGGAGCUGCGUCUCCGCAGCCCCGGGCUGUCCCUGCAGCACUGUCGUGGAGCAGCGCACGCUGACACACCAAGAAAACCAACACUAACAAAAACCAACCCCCGAACCGAGAGUAAUGCUUGUGGCCAAAGGCCAGAAGCGUCCCCUCACUCACCCACACAGGUGUGUCUUUAUUUAUGUGUGUCCGCAGCUCUGUCCAGUGCCAGGUGCCAGCCUCUCCUGUGUGCCAGCUCCUGGGACAGACAGGGGAGCUGGGCACGCCUGCCCUCACAGCCCGGCAACAACAAACAGUGGGGAGGAUUGGGUCAACAUGAUGAAGGGAUUUUAUUUUAGUUAGAGAAAAUAAUUUUUUUGAGCAGAGGUGUUGGUUUUGGGGGUAGUUUUUUUGUUUUGUUUUUUUUUCUUCUUUUUUUUCUUACUCCUCCUUAAGGUUUACGCAGCCCUAAGAGAUUCACAGCUUUGGUUGUACCACAAACAGGAGAAGUGCAAGUGCUUGAACCAGGCUAGUGGGACAAGUGGACAGGGGCAGAGAACAUCGUGGAGCAUGGGGUUGGGAGCUGAAGAUGCAAGCCAGGCACAUUCCCUGAAUGCAGACAGGUGUCUGCCUAUCCUGCUGCUUUGAAACCAAAGCUCGCCUCUUUGCUAGAGGGGAAAAAAGCCCAAAGAUGCAUGUAAAAGCAACUGUCUCCUGCUUGUGAAGCAGCUCACUGCUGUGAUUCUCAGAGGUCUGAGGACAUGUGACUUACUAUUUUUCUUUUUUUGACCUCUUGUUUUCCAACCGAAACAUGUGGCCCAUAGACCCACAGCACUUGUUAGAUGUGUUACAGAUCGUCUCAAAAAGAAAAAUCUAGAGUAGACACCCCAGCUGUUGUGAGCUUCAUGCUGUGGUAGCUUGGCUUUCUAAUUGUAUUUUGGUUUUUGUUGUGUGUUUUCCAUGCUGUCUCUCCUCAGGCCCUAUGAUUACUCCCCCAGCAUCUCCUUCUGCUGUACCGUACUGCACAGCUUUUGAACAGAGCUCUGUUUUGUCAUUGCUGACUCUCGUUGUUAAUACUUCACAGGACUUCCUAGUCUUGUCAGUCUUUUAGUGUCAAAGCAAUAAACGUGACCGGUUUUCAGAAUACA